UUCAGCAUUGUGGGUGGGCCAGUAUUACAGGACACAGCCAAACUAUGGAAUGGAGGGCUUACUAACUUCAUCAAUUGAUACAACACUUUUGGAGAUUCUACAAUAUACAGGCAGUGUCACUGUACUCACUGUGAAGAAAUCUCAGGAAGGUCAGACAUGGGCUUAUCACGUGUGGACUCCUAGCACAGCAACAGAGAACACAGGCCCCAGUACAAGCCCCGGCACAAGAGAACAAGAUCUAGGGACCAAGAUUCUACCCUGGGAAUAAAGGCUGCUUUCUUCAAGACCUCUGCUGAGCAGGGGAGGACCCUGGGCCAAGGAUUUAGGGACCAAGAUUCUACUCUGGGAAUAAGACUGUUCUCUUCAAGACCACUGCUGAACAGGGGAGGACUCUGAACCAAGAGAAGUGUACCCAGAAGCUCAGAUUCCUGUCUGCACUGCUGUAUAAAGGUUUUCCUGAAUUCAUAAGCCAUGGACACAAGCGAGCAGAUGCCUGAUGAGCCUCUCCUCAGAAGCAAAAGGAAGCAAGAUCUUCCAGAGAUGCUCAGAGAAGUAGGACUGGAAGUUGAGUACUGGUUGAUCAAGCUGAAGGAAGUCCUGGGUGUGACCUGUGCCCAGUCAUUGAGUUAUUUAAAAGAAAAAGACCUCCAGAAGCUGAAAUAUGAGGUAAAAUAUCCAUGGGAGCAAAGGGCCCUGGAGAAGCUGCUUGACCUGUCCCACUCAAAUAGUCUUGCAGAGUUACAGGAGUCACCACUGGAGAGGAAAAAGGAGAAGCAGACAGAACAAGCAGUGAAAGAGAUAAGGAACAUGCUGUCAGAAAGGAGACAGAGACAGGAAGAGGCAGUGAAGAGAAAGGAAGCAGAGCUGAGGCAAGCCAUGGAGAUCCCUGAAGAGAACAGGCUGAAGCCUCCAAAGCCCCUAAGGGAAAUCAUGGAAAUCAUGAAGAAAGAACUCAGUCCUAUGGAGCAGAUGCCAUCCAACAGGCCAAACCUCCCAGAUAGAGAUCUGGUAAGAUGGUCAUCUGGAGGGCUGGCCCUGCAGGGAAUAUACAAAACCUGCCACCACAUGGACCUGAUACAGAGGAGAGAGGAGCUACUCAGUGUCCCCAAGGAGUUCUCACUCCUUGGCCCUCAGCAGGGCACAUUGAUGAAAUCUGAAGAAUUUACAUCUUCUCAAGCAGAAGUCAUGUUCACCCAGUCUAUGGAGAAUUUAGGCUUCAGUUUAACUACUUCAGCCAAGGGUGGAGGUUGGGGAUUUAGUUUAGAAACUGAACUGGAUAAAAGCAAACAUUCAGAAUCCAAGCAAACCCACCUAACAAAUUCUGAGUGCUCUUAUUUCUGCUCAACCAAGUUCAGAUACACUCCCAUGGCAUCCUGCCACUUCCCCAUUGAUCAGCUGCAGUUGUCCAAUGCUGCUCUUCAGGAAUUGAAAUGCCUUGAAGACCUUAUGGAUCAGACUACAGACUCCCAGGAAUCCCAGGUGCUGAAACACUGGAGUGAAAGAUUCUUCCACAGGUUUGGCUCUCAUGCUAACCAAGGCCCUCUGCACCUGGGAGGAAUCUACUGGUGGAAGGCUGUCUCAAAGUGGUUCCAAAAUUAUCACCUAGUUGAUAUAAAGCAGCAGGCAAUAGAGGCCCUGGAUUUUUACAUAAGUGGUGGCUACCAUGGUUUUGGAAUGAAUGUUGCUGCAGGUAUGAAUGUGUCAGACUCACAUUCAAAAGCAGCUAUUCAGAACAAAACUUUUCAAAACCUCCAAACCAAAUUCGAAUUAUCUGUGUCCAAGACAGGUGGACCACCAGAAGCAGAUGACCUUGCUCAAUGGAAAGCUGGCCUUGUUGCCAGCAAUCAAACCUGGUGUGUCAUUGACCGGGGAUUCCAGCUGGUGCCUAUUUGGGACAUCAUCCUCUCCAGCCACAGAAGUGAUUUUAAGGAUCCAUGUAAGGUAGCUAAGUGUCUGAAAGACAACUACACUGCUCUGACUGGCCUUACUUCCCAAAUCCAAGAGGGAGAGGAGAUACUGAGUGUUAGGCAAGAGGUUAGAGUUUUCCUAGAUGCUGUGAAGUCCUGGGAAGUCUCUGAUCCUGAAGAACACCUUCAAAAGCUGAUAAAUUUUAAGCAAACACUGAGUCAAAAAACAAAAGUAAAUGACACUUGGAUUAACCUAUGCCUCACAGAUAAGGAUCUGCAGACUUUUCUAGUCAAUACCAUCAAUUUUUGCAAAAUGUCUACCAAUUGUAAAACAAAUUAUAUUAAAAUUCAGUUGUGCAGCCUUCUAGAUCCUCACAUCUACAAAGUGGAAAAUUUUCCUCAGACUCACUCCAUUAUGCACUGGAUCAAACAGUCAGAUUCAGAGCAAGAGCAAGUCCACAUCUCCCGAUUUCCUGAAUUCAUUGAAAACUUAACAAAAACACACAAAGAAUUCUUGGAAGUGAAGGUCCAAGAAAAAGUAGAAGAAGCUCAAAGAAAGGCCACAUAUGAGGUCUGCUUGGCUCUCAACAGCUUCUUGAGCCACUUGCAAGCAACAGAGCAGCCAGACACUCAGCUCUUGCUACUUUCCAUUGCAGCUGGUGCAGGAUAUCAGGUGGGAAGCAAUAUUUUUAAGCCUCUCCUGGGGCCUGGUGAAUUAAACUUCCUCCUGGAUGAAAUGAAAACUGCCUUUAAUGAAUACCAGAAGCUCAAAAGUAUUUCCAGCUAUAGGGCCCAUGCAUUCCUGGUGCUCACAGGUCUGACAGCCACAGCUGAAUUAAGAGCUCUAUCUACAGAAGAGAAGACAAAAUGCAUGGAAUUUAUAAUAAAACACAUGGGACAAUUAUUUUCUAAAGAAGUUGUACAUGUCCUCACUAGAUUUGAGGAAGAUUAUGAUUGGGAAAACCUAGAAAGAAACUUGAGAUUACUCAUUGAUGGAGAUUAUGAAGCCACCAUCUCUUCUUUGAAAAGGGAUGACGUUGAAAGAGAGCUACUAAAACUUUUCCAUGAAAAUAAAUGGCCCUGUGAACCAGAUAUUAAUGAAAAUAACACAAAUGAGGAAAUAGAUAAUGAAGCCUUCCUAGACUUACUCCAGCGUCUAGGCCUACAACAUUACUACCCUAAAAAAAUGAGUAAAGCUAAAUUUCAUCUGAUCUACAAGACUUCCCUUUACAACACUCAGCCCAAUUCUGAAAAGGAACUUCCCUUUUAUUUCCUUCAGAAGCUAAUGUUGCUGGAUUAUGGACUGAGAUACCUUGUCUUUAAAGACUAUGGAAAUAGAGAAUCUAAGGUUUCUCCAAGUGCCUCCAGUCAGGAAUAUGAGGGUUUUGAUCCAUAUGAAGACUUUGUUGAAGAUAGUGAUACUCUCACUGAUCCUUUGACUACUGAGUCAAGGCCCCACAUUCACCCCAUGGAUAUCCAGAUGACCAUUUUUCACUGUGCAGAUGAUUUUGCCAGACAAUAUAUUUUGACCAAACUUUCUACUUGUCAAUUUGCCCUGCCUCUCCUGGUGCCAAAUCCUUGCACUUCUCAAAUCGAAUUCUCUCUCUGGUCUCUCAGAAAAGUUAGGAGAAGUUGGCAGCAAGAAAAGAAAUCACCACAUGGGAAGAACAGUCAUAAGUGUCAGCAGAUGUGUUGUUUAGCCACCUUUGUCAUUGGGCUUGCAAACUUGACUCUGAUCAAUAUAUUUGGGGAGAAUCCAUCAGAAAUGCAAGAUAUCCUACAGAUAGCUGUCCAAGCCUUUCUGAGGAUGAAACAAGUGAAAAUUUCCCCCAGGUGCAUAUUUGUCCAUCAGAAUGUAGGAGAAGUGACAGCUAAAGACCAAACUACAGAAGGACGAAGGCGGUUAGAGCAGAGGCUAGAUGAAAUGGCAGCACUGGCUGCUAAACAAGAAGAGUGCUCAGAUGUCACUCACUUCAGUGAUGUCAUCAAGUUUGAUGUCAAUAAUCACGUGUACUACUUUGCUCACCUUUGGGAUGGCAAUCCCCCCAUGGCCCCUCCCAAUCCUCGUUAUAGCCACAAUGUCCAGGAACUGAAAAGUACAAUUCUUUUAACUGCCAAACAGGAAUCCAAGGGAAGCAUCAUGAAGAUAUCAGAUGUAAAAUUCAGGGUUCAAGAUUUGUGGAGAGCCCUGGUAAGUGAGAACUUCAUUUUCAGUUUCAGAAACACCCGGGAGGUCAUGGCCAUGAGCAAAUUGGAAACCAUGUAUAACCACUGGACCUGGGAGCUCCGGAGUCAUAUGUUGGACUUGCAGAACCAGCUUCACAAUCAGAUUCAGAAUAGAAAAAUUCUGACACUCACAUCAAGCAUAAUUGAGUGUCCAGUUACAGAGAAAUAUGAAACCAUCAAGCAAGUACUUGAAAAAUAUUUUACUGAAGACCCAGAGAGAGAGAUACUUGUCCAAUGGAAAGCCUAUUUUGAAAAUAAGCUACUAAUCCUUAAAGAGUCACUUAUUUCAGACACCAAGAGAAAAGCCCAUGAGCUUAUUCAUCUCAAAAAAAAUCAAGAACAACUAGAACAGAAAAAGACUGUAUAUGAAAAUGAAUUAUUGAAGAAGAGCCAAAACUUGGCUUUAAGAGUAAAAGGUAAAAAGUUGAGUGAUGAAGAAUUAUAUGAGAAAUUCAGUCAACUUUGGGGAAAAUGGGUUUGUGAAGUGUCCUCAAAUCUCCCUCAAGCCACAGAGCCUAAAAUUGAUGUGCAUGCUGAAAACAUCCUUUUGGAUUAUUUCAGAAAAGAGAAAAACAUAGUAGAAAAACUAAAGAGAAAUAUUGGAAAGAAUUUUCAGCUAGAUUUUGGAAAACAUGUCAAGAUGUGUAAGGGUGUAUUUUUCACAAAGAGUUUAGAGGCCUGUGAUAAAGUAUCCAUUGAUAUGACUACUGAUCGUAUUUUUUCAAGAUUUAAUGAAUAUAUUGAAAAUAUUACGAAUCAACAACGUGAUUAUGAUCAAAGUGACUUCCAUCAAAUCCUGAGAAUAAUAGAAGAGGAAGGGAAAUCUGAACACACCAAGAAUAGAUAUACAUUUACAAGUGAAUACAACAUUGAAUUAUCUUCAUAUUUAUUUCAAAAAGCAACAAAGGAUUUUAUGGAAAGGCAUUGGGCAUUUAGGAGAGCAAAUGAUCCUGUAAAAUAUCUAGAACAAAAGAAAGACGAUUUUUUCAUGAGUUUCAAGAUCUCCUGCCAAGGUGCAACCUCCAUCACAUGUUUUGUAGAUUUUCUGUGGCAAAAGCUCACUCCUGCUGUCUCUGCUACCAUCCAGGGGAAAAUGGUCCCUAGAAUAGCUGGGGAGAUAAGAGCCUCCUGCCCUGCAUUCAAUGGAAACAGGUCUAACCUGGAGAAACACAUUCUCAUCUCUCUAGCAGAAGAAGAAAAUUUUGAAAAUUAUUGGCAAUACAUUUACAAUCCAAAAUCAUUUUGUAGGAGUUACAUUGAGAACUAUACCAAAAAGUACUGUUCAGAAAACAGAGAUAAAAAAAUGAAGACUUUAUUCAAAACAAGUCUUGAUGACAUCAAGAAUACCAUCCUCUCUGCCAUUCAUGAAUCCACAGCAGUAGCCAAAGACAGAAGCAGCACUGCAUCUGGGUGGCUGGAUUUGUUCUGUGAUCACCUGGGGAACAACUUGAUUUUCCCACGAAGAGACUUGAUAAACAUUGAGCACCAAGAGAUAAAAGAUAUGGAUUUUCUCAAAGAAGCCAUGAGUGCAAGUUUGGAUCCUGCAAUGAAGAAGGUGGAACAGAACUUGUCAAGUAUGCCUAUAGAAGAAAUGGUUCCUGAAAUUGAGAAAAUCCUCUCUGAACAUCUCUGUGGAUGUUGGAAACAGUGUCCCUUCUGUAAUGCAAUUUGUACAAACACAAUUCCUGAACAUGAUGGAGACCACAGUGUUCCAUUUCAUCGUCCUCAGGCUGUCAGUGGAGGCCAGUGGUAUAGAACAGACCACUUUGUCAUUGAUUGUUGUACUAGUUUAGUAGCAAGUAAUAAUUUGCUUGUUUUAAGAGAUGAUUGGAUGAUCCCAUUUAAGAACUAUCGGGAGGUAGGAGGGGAUUAUGCCACAUGGAGCAUCACACCAGAUUCAUCCACCCAGCCAUACUGGAAAUGGUUUGUCUGUCACUUCAGAACAAAAUUGGAAGAAAAAUAUCAGCUAAAAUUUAUAGAUAAAGGUCAAAUCCCCUAUGAAUGGGACAAAAUCACUAAGCAGGAAGUGCUUAAUGACUUGAAAAAAUAAUCUUCAAUGACCACAUAAACACCUUAGCAUCGGUACAAAGUCACAGUACCAAGCAACCUCAAAAUAUAUCCUCCUUACAACUAGAGCUUUACAUAUUCCACUUUGUAAAGGAAAUGUUUAAAAAGUGAUUAAAUAUCAAUUGAAGAAUUUAAGAGUUCCUUGAAAAAUACUUGAUAUCUCUCUGUCUCAAUCCAUUUGGAUUAGAAAGAAAUUACUAAAAUACGAGCAUAUGACAAAAUCUAAAUAUCUAGUUCCUAUUUUGAAAUAUUGCUCUACAUAUUUUAAAAUAUGUAAUACCUCAGAAAAAAAUUAUCUUCACACGGAAAAUUUUAAGUCAUUUCAUGAUAUUGCAAAUUUCUCUACAGUAACUGCAUGGCUGUUGAACUAAUAUACAAGUCUUGACAAGCAACUACAAAUAAACUUUCUCUACUUCACUGAAUUUUUUCACUCAUUCAAUCCAUGAAGAAAAUUUACUCACCCUGAAACACAAAAACAUUCAAGGAAAUUUCAUGAUUCCCAUGUAUAGUAUUUUAUAGGGAUAUUUUAUUCUAGCAGAGAACAAACCAGAGACUUGACGAAGAUAAAGUCUUCAUCAAGUCAGGAAACAUUAUCAGGCAAACAUAGGAAAUAGAAGUUAAAUCACUGCUUCAUUUAAUCAACAUUCUCUUCUUUCUGGUUUCUUGGAACUUUCUUUGUCAUGUUACAAAAAGUUGAGUUAUUCACAAAGUUUAGAUCUUCAAAGCUAGUGUUAUCUGCCUGAGAUUACCUCCUGAAACAAGUGUAAUGAUAACCAUGUAAAUGGGACCCUAUCCAUCAAGUCUGUGGACAAGGUCAAAUUAGAUAAAGCCGUUAAUGAUUAUAAACACAACCUCUAAAGAAAAAAAAUGAAAAAAUAUCUACUUUUUAUAAAAAUUUCAUAAUUAUUAUUCAAUCUUAAUUGGGUUCUCACAUUUUAAUAAAAAUUUAUAUUUUAUGUAUAAAUAUAUAUUUCAUGUAUAAAAUGCAGAGGAGUGCUUAUCUACAAUGAGACAUAUUUUUGCUUCCUUAUACUUUUUGGGUGCUAGGGGAAUCACCCUUCUACAAACCUAUACCUUAUGCUCAGUUCUCAAAGCUGAUGAUUUAAAAGAAUGCUGAGGCAAGAAGAAAAUGUCUUCAUUUUAGACAUAAAAAUACCCUUUGGUUUCCAUUUACUGCUGCAGGCUCUACCUAUCUAUGGACAGUGAAAAGACACGACCAAAGCCACAGUAGUUAAACAACGUAGAUCUUCAGAAAUGGGAGAUAGGAAUGCUGACUCCAUCACCUUUGUCCACCACAGGACUAUAAAUAUAUUAUCAGUUUCAGAUCUACUGACUAGAAUCUCCAUAAGUUUUCUGUUUGUUUUUGCUGUAGCACUGUGGAUUAAACCCUGGCAUUACACAUGUCAGGAAGCACAUUAUUACUCAACUACAGCAUUUUUUUUAAAAUUUCAGAGAUGCAGUUUCAUUAAGAUGCAACCUGUGAGCCUCCUGCCUCAGGCUCUCAGGUUGCUGGGAUUAAAGGUAUCAGAAGUAUUGAAAAAAAAUUGUGAAGGAUAUAGGUGUUCUUGAACAGAAUGAUUUUUUUCUGAAAAAUAGUCUUGGUGAGAGUUGGGAAGAACUCUUAAUGAGAUCAACCUGAUAUAGUGUUGGGAACAGAAGCUCUGCACAGCAUGGUGCCUGUCACACUCAUCACUGCAAGCUUUGAAAAGGCUUAAUGUUCAAUUGACAUUAGCUGAAUGCUUUUUAUAUUGAAUGAAUCAAUAUAGUCUUCAACUAAUAAGUCUCAUAUAUUACUUUUGAUUUUAAAGCCAAAAAUAUUUUGCAAAAGUAAAAAGGCCUCUAAUAAAUUCCUCGGGUAUGUUAACAGUGUGAUUCUUGCAUGAGAUACCAAGGCCAAACUAGAGAGAUGACAAAAAUAUUGGGAAGAGGUAAAUUAUAAUAAAAGAAGAUGACUAUGUAGAGAUGGUCUUUUCUGUGAUACAAUUAGGGAAAAUAAUCAAGUUGGUGCAGGAAAUGGGAGAAAUAAUAGUGUUAGUAUUUUGGGUCUCAUUAAGGAAGAGACCUCAGGAACAGUGGAGCAGGGGAGAGGAGUCAGUGGGGAUGAAAACAUCAAGAUGUAGAGCACUGGGUCUGAUUGAAGGUCACAAAAUUAGAGUUAAAUAGGUGCAAGGUUAGUACGGGUAGGAUUCUCAUGGGUAGCAGAAUGAGCCUCAGUCACUGAGGUGAGGAGCAGAGAAAAAGGAAUUGGGGGUCACCACAUGAGCAGAUUUCAGAUGUUCCAGUCAUUAAGGCAAAGGUGCCAAGUAGCGUGGUAAAGGAAUCACAAGGCCAAUAGAGAUGGAGCAAGGAUGGUAAUGGACCUAGAAGAGUAUGGAAAUUCAUGACAGGAUGUAAGUUAUUCACUUAUAUGUGGACUCCAAAAAUGAGAACUCAUAGAAAUAGAGAGUAGAACGCAGGUUACCAGAGACUGAGGACAGGGUGGGGGAUAAGGGGAAAGUUUGGUCAAAAGGGAAAGUUUCAGUUAAAGAAGAGGAAAAAUUCUGGUGAUCUAUAAAACCAGGUGACUAGUAACUAUGCCAAUUAUUAUCAUUAUUAUUAUUGCUAUCUUACUGAAAUGUGGUUGUGUUUAUAGUCUGCUCACUUAUAAGAAGCAAGUCCAAGCUUUCAAUUUUAAUCCAAGUAUGAGUUGCAUAAGUGUUUGUAGUGCUCGUUUCUCAGUCUGCGUUUUAUUUUCUCUAAAUGUAAUCUUAAAAUAAAGUAGAAUUAAAAUAAUCAUGCUUAAUGAAUUAUACAAUACAAAAUUUCAAACAGUGAAAUUUAAGUGUCAUAACCCCCCCCCAAAAAUAGAUAAGUACAUAAAGUUAUGGAUAUGUUAACUUGCCUAAUUUGCUUAUUCCUCAAUGCAUGCAUGUAUAAAAGAAUCAAAUUGUACCCCAUAUUAUGUACCUUUAUUAUCUGUUAAUAAAAAUUAAAAAUAAACUGAAUAAAAAUGAUUUACAUAAAAUACAA